GCCUCCUGCCUCUGCGGCUCUGCACCCUGCAUCCUGUGCUCCUGCUGCCCCUCCAGCCACAACUCCACCGUGACCCGCCUGGUCUUCACCAGCUUCCUCCUCCUGGGAGUGCUGGUGUCCAUCAUCAUGCUGAGCCCUGGCGUGGAGAGUCAGCUCCACAAGCUGCCCUGGGUGUGUGAGGGGGCCGAGACCUCCAGCAUCCUGCAGGGCCACAUCGACUGCGGCUCCCUGCUGGGCUUCCGGGCUGCCUACCGCAUGUGCUUCGCCACAGCCGCCUUUUUCUUCCUCUUCACCCUGCUCAUGAUCUGUGUGCGCAGCAGCCACGACCCCCGGGCCGCCAUCCAGAAUGGGUUUUGGUUCUUUAAGUUCCUGAUCCUUGUGGGCAUCACCGUGGGUGCCUUCUACAUCCCUGAUGGCUCCUUCUCCAAGAUCUGGUUCUACUUUGGCGUCGUGGGCUCCUUCCUCUUCAUCCUCAUCCAGCUGCUGCUGCUCAUCGACUUUGCGCACUGUUGGAACCAGCGGUGGCUGGGCAAGGCUGAGGAGCGUGACUCUCCAGCCUGGUACGCAGGUCUCUUCUUCUUCACCUUGCUCUUCUACGCUCUCUCCAUCGGGGCUGUGACGCUGCUCUUCAUCUACUACACCCAUCCCGGCACCUGCCACGAGGGCAAGAUCUUCAUCGGCCUCAACAUCGUCUUCUGUGUGUGUGUCUCCAUCGUCGCCGUCCUGCCCAAGGUCCAGGAAGCCCAGCCCAACUCGGGUCUGCUGCAGGCCUCGGUCGUCACGCUGUACACCAUGUUUGUUACCUGGUCGGCUCUGUCCAACGUCCCUGACCAGAAGUGUAACCCACACCUGCUGACCCAGCUCAGCAAUGAGACUGUGCUGGCCGGCCCCGAGGGCUACGAGACCCAGUGGUGGGACGCACCCAGCAUCGUGGGUCUGAUCCUCUUCAUCCUGUGCACCAUCUUCAUCAGCGUGCGCUCCUCCGACCACCGGCAGGUGAACAGCCUGAUGCAGACAGAGGACCGCUCAGUUGGGCUGGAGCAACAGCAACAGCAGCAGCAACAGGUGGCCGCCUGCGAGAGCCGAGUGUUUGACAACGAGCAGGACGGCGUCACCUACAGCUACUCCUUCUUCCACUUCUGCCUGGUGCUGGCCUCCCUGCACAUCAUGAUGACACUCACCAACUGGUACAGACCCGGCGAGAUGCACAAGAUGAUCAGCACGUGGACCGCUGUGUGGGUCAAGAUCUGCGCCAGCUGGGCAGGGCUGUUCCUCUACCUGUGGACCCUGGUGGCGCCCCUGCUCCUGCCCAACCGCGACUUCAGCUGAGGCAGCCCCUGCAGCCUGACCACUUGGUAUCUUGGGCUCAAUGACAGCCGAUUGCCUGCUCCCUAUACCCUGUCAGCCAGGCUGAGCUGCCCCUACAAGACUGGCCCCAGAGCUGGGUCCCUCAUUAUCAGUGCCUUCGGGUCUGAGGAGCAGCAGGCUCACCCCUGAGCCCCACCCUCCUGCCACCGCAGAGUUGCCUCUUCCCUUCCUGCCCCUGGUCCCCCACACUCCCCCUCUCAGGACUGAAGCCCCCACCCUGCCCAGGAGAGGGGCUGAAGGAGGGAGGCGCCCAGAGCCAGACAGAGGGCAGCAAGCACUGAGGUGCCCAGCACUGAGCCCACUGUUCCCCACCUGGCCCCUUCCUGGACCACGUGCCUUACCGAGUCUCUAAGACUUUGCCCAAUAAACACGACUGUGUGUGCCU